AUGUCUGUAAAUUAUAGAACUUUCGUUUUAGCACUUCAAGAUUGUGUGACUGAAACUGAAAAUGUCUUAAUUUGUCAAAAAAUUGAUCAAUUAUUUGAUGAAAACCAAAGUAAUCCUUUUGUUGUGACUGAAUUACUCCAAGAACUUCUCAUAUUGAAUACCUUAAGUUAUUCAGUUGAAAAUCAUAAAUUUUUUAUUAUUGCACAAGCUUCUAAAAAUGGGCUUAUACGUAUUUCUACAACAACACUAUUAAACAUCUUUAGUACUUAUGACAAAAGUUAUCUUUUACUUCACACAAACACUAUUCAAAAAUCUUUAACAAACCCAUUUUCUAAUUCAUUAAAUACUUUAUGUGCAUUACGUACUUUAAAAUUAUAUAUUAAUCAGUCCACGUAUCCAACAUAUUUAAAUUGUUGUUUAGGUAUUCUUAAUAAAGCACCUCAACGCCCUUCAAAUGAAUCAAGCGUUUUAAGACAAACACUUGGUACUCUUCCAUUAUUUCUUCCUUAUUUAACACCUCAACAACAAACUUAUCUCUAUCAUGAAACAAUUAAACUUCUACAACUCAAAAACUCAGUGGUACUUGAAGCUGUUGUUGCAGUAUUAACUCAUUUUUCAAACAUGACAACAGUUAAUAUGUUAGAUUGUAUUGAAUUAUUAUUAACAUUAUUAUCUAAGUUAUUAAGAUGCAAACCCAUAGGACAAAUACAAAAUGUUAGUUAUCCAUUUCUCAUAUCAAAUAUCCUUCGAUUAUUAUAUAAUUUCCCUUCCCUUCCUAAAGGUUAUGAACUUAUGAAAGAUAUAGUUGAACGAUUUGCUCAUCAACUUACAAAUGGUAUUACUUUUACUAUAUUAUUUAGUUGUUUAAAAUGUAUUCAAAAACAUUUUCCUUUAAAUAUGCCUCAAUUAGAAAUAUUUGCUCUAAACACUCUUUUAGCUUCUAACAACUCUUUGUUUCAUCGUGCUUACCUUAAAAUUAUUUCUCUUUCUUCUCAAUACAUCGAACAUGAACAACCUCAAAUUUUAAAGUUAUAUCUUGGCAAUGAUCCUCUAACAUCAUUAGAAGCAUUUAAACUCCUUCUUCCUCAGUCAAUGCCAAUAGUACAACUCCCACAAAAUUUAUCAACUUUAAACGAAUAUACAAAAUCUAAAUUUUCUGAAGCUUCUAUUCACUUUAUUGAUAAGUUUCAACAACCAUUAAAUCUUGAUUCAAUAAUUUCAAUUCUCAAUUGCUUCCCUUCAAAAGCUCUGCUUAAUCAUGUAGCUGAUUUUCCAUUAAAAGAGUCACCACACCUUAUUUCUCCUUCAAACUCUAUUUCACAAAUGUAUUGUACUAUUCAUAAUAUUAAAAUACCUUUUUCAUCAGAACAAACAACAUUACUUCUAUUAACUCUAAAAUCAGAAUCAAAAUCAAGUCUUCCCUUGACUAUAUCUUCUAACACCAUUUCUUUAGAAAUGAAACAACGACUUCAUGAAUAUAAAUCUCUUCAGACUGAUCCCUCUUAA